AUGUUUACGCUUCUGGUUCUACUCAGCCAACUGCCCGUGGUUACCUUCGCGUUUCCUCAUUGCACAAGAACUCCGAAGGAGUCUAAGCAUGCGGGAGAAGAAGUCUUUACAUCAAAAGAAGAAGCAAACUUUUUCAUACAUAGACGCCUCCUAUAUAAUAGAUUUGAUUUGGAGCUCUUCACUCCUGGUGAUGUAGAAAGAGAGUGCAAUGAAGAACUUUGUAAUUAUGAAGAAGCCAGAGAAAUUUUUGUGGAUGAAGAUAAAACGAUCGCAUUUUGGCAGAAAUAUUCAAUUAAAGGACCAACUACAAAAUCAGGUAAAGCAAACUCUUCAGCCGUCUACGUAAGAAGGGGUAGGCACACUCCCUCCAUCAUUUUUAGAAGACCUGAAGAAGCUGUCUUGUCUCCAUCGUCACCUUCUGUGGAAGACACAGGAUUACCUUCUUAUGAACAAGCAGUGGCACUGACCAGAAAACACAACGUUUCACCGCCACCACCAUAUCCUGGGCCAGCAAAAGGAUUUAGGGUAUUUAAAAAGUCUAUGUCUCUCCCGUCUCACUAA